AUGCUUGAACUAAGUUCGUCUCCCUACAUUCUAUGUUUCGGUAGGAGAAACCCCAUAGGUUUGCUAAAAAUAGGAAAGAAACGAUUAUUCUUAUUUGAUCAAUUUGGAGAGUGUUUUGAAGUUGAACCACUGUGCAUAUUGGAUUUUUAUGUAUCGACGGAUUUUCAGCGUCAGGGCUUUGGAAAGGAACUGUUUGAGUUCAUGCUAAAAAAUGAAAAUCUCGAAACCACAGAUCUUCCAAUAGAUUCGCCUUCUACUAACAUGCUCUCUUUUAUGCGAAAACACUUUAACCAAGGUCAUCCUCUUCGACAGUCAAAUAAUUUUGUUGUUUUUCCUCAAUUUUUUCAAAAUGUCAAUCGUUUCCUUGUUCCCCGUCGAAGUCUAGUCAGAGAUACCUAUUCGUUGGUUGGCAGUUCACACCAGGCGUAUACUUUUUCCAAAUGUUCUGAAGAAAAUAGUCGAAAACCAAAGAGUACACAUUCGAUUACACCAAUUGAAGAAGUUCCUACUGGAACGUCCAAGAUUUCAAAUGCAGUCACAUAUGUUCAAAGUUCUACUAAUCGAUCCCCAUUAAAUGACAAGUCGACCAUGUCAAAGAAUGAGAGUCUAUUAACCGAUACACAUAAAGGGAUUGACCCAACUGACAAUAUAAAUUUCAAUGGAAUUCAACUUGUUCGAGGACUCACUUUCAAUCCAUGUACAUCUUCAAAGAGAGAUUUUCCUAAUUCAGCGCAGUUGAGGGAUCGGACAGAGAGUGGGAGUGGUAGAUCACUUCCAGCUGCUCGUUAUUCCAAACGGCUUGAAAUUGCGGCUCCAUCAAAUUCGUCACAAAAUCGACAGGCCCUUUCCAACUCAAAGAUCGAUAAUUUGUUGCGAUGGCAUGAGCGCAAACCAGGCUAUGAUUACCAGAAAGCCUCAUGGACCAGCAAUAGACAUACUCGACUCUGGUGA